AUGAUAGCCGCCCAGGCCAAGCUGGUCUAUCAUCUGAAUAAAUACUACAACGAGAAAUGCCAGUCUCGAAAAGCGGCGAUUUCCAAGACUAUCCGGGAGGUGUGCAAGGUGGUCUCGGAUGUCUUAAAGGAGGUCGAGGUCCAGGAACCCCGCUUUAUCAGCUCCCUCAGCGAGAUGGAUAACCGCUUCGAGGGUCUGGAGGUAAUCUCCCCCACGGAAUUCGAGGUGGUCCUAUAUCUUAACCAGAUGGGAGUUUUUAACUUCGUUGAUGACGGCUCUCUUCCUGGUUGCGCCGUGCUCAAACUAAGUGACGGCCGUAAGAGAAGCAUGUCGCUCUGGGUAGAGUUUAUCACGGCAUCGGGGUAUCUGUCGGCGCGCAAAAUUCGCUCCAGGUUUCAGACUCUGGUGGCGCAAGCUGUGGAUAAGUGCAGCUACAGAGACGUAGUUAAAAUGGUUGCGGACACAAGCGAGGUUAAGCUACGCAUAAGAGACAGGUACGUAGUUCAGAUCACUCCAGCUUUCAAGUGCACUGGUAUAUGGCCGAGAAGCGCAGCCCAUUGGCCGCUGCCUCACAUCCCGUGGCCGGGCCCUAACAGAGUAGCAGAAGUCAAAGCGGAGGGGUUCAAUCUGCUUUCCAAAGAAUGUUACUCGUUAAACGGAAAACAGAGCUCGGCAGAGAGUGAUGCCUGGGUGUUGCAGUUCGCUGAAGCUGAAAACCGACUCCUUUUAGGAGGGUGCAGGAAGAAAUGUCUCUCCGUGCUCAAGACGUUACGAGAUCGUCACCUUGAGCUACCCGGACAACCGCUUAACAACUACCACAUGAAAACUUUGGUGUCUUACGAGUGUGAAAAACAUCCAAGAGAAUCGGACUGGGAUGAAAACUGUUUGGGGGAUCGACUGAACGGGAUUUUAUUACAGCUUAUUUCGUGUUUGCAGUGCAGGAGAUGUCCCCAUUAUUUUCUACCAAAUUUAGACCUUUUUCAAGGAAAGCCUCAUUCUGCGCUCGAGAACGCGGCAAAGCAGACUUGGCGACUGGCAAGAGAAAUUCUGACCAACCCCAAAAGCUUGGAGAAACUUUGA